ACCAUUGAAGUACACCUGAGGGAUUGUGGGCCAGUUGGAGAAGUCCUUGACACCUGUGGAAGGCAAAUGUUACAUGAGCUUAAGAACUUCCGGGUCGUCCAGAAGAAGCCGGAAGAGAACGAGGACGGCUCGAAAGAUGGCGGCGCACACGCAGAAAAACAACAAACCGGGGAAACCUCCGGGGAAAGCUUCGGGGAAAGAGGCUCAGCCUCUUAUAAUUGCCAAAAGCCCGGCAGAAGAGCAGCGUCUUAAGUUGGAGAGGUUGAUGCGGAACCCUGACAAACUUGCUCCCAUCCCGGACAGACCGAAGGAUUGGAAACCGCGGGCUCCACCUGAGUUCGUCAGGGACGUGAUGGGCUCCAGUGCCGGCGCGGGCAGCGGAGAGUUCCAUGUGUACCGACACCUGCGCCGCAGAGAGUACCAGAGGCAGGACUUUCUGGACAAAAUGUCCGAUCAUCUCAAUAAGGACGAUGACUACCUGGAGAAGCUGGAACAAAACAAGCAGGCUGCCGACGAGAGAACGGCCAAGCGCAGGAAGAAGCGGGAGAAGUUGAAGCAGAAAAAGAUGAUGGCAAAGAAAGCAAAGCUUGAAAGUAAAAAUAAGGAUGGAGAUGGAGACGAGAAGAGCUCAGACAGUAGUGAGGAAGAGGAAAAGAAGAAGAAGGAGGAGGAGGUGGAGGAACCAGAAGCUGAGGAUGAUGCGGAGGCCCCGAGCUUCAUCAUGGGGAAGAAUUGACUCUGUCCAAACAUGGAAUUGGUUCCUAGCGUGACACAAGUGAUGUGCAUAUAAGAGGGACAAAGACACAAACGAAUUGAUGGACUAUUUUACCAAUGGAACGAUUUAAUAAACAGGAUAAUCCAAUUGCGAUGAGAUUCUUCUGAAUCUUCAUGAUGAUUUACAAAAACAGCAUCAGUAGAUCACAUGUGUAGGGAUUCCUCUAAUUCACUACAUGUCUAAAAAUGUUGGUUAAUUUUGGAAUCUUCUGUCUUUUACUCAGUGUUGUAUUUUUUUUUUUUUUAUAAAAAAAGACUGUACAUAAUAUCCCAGUGUUAGUUUAUGUGUUUGCUCUCUGGACGGGGUUAAUUAACAUCUGUGUAUACUGAAUGUUUGAAAGUAUCAGUCUUUGCAGCCUUGUGAGACUGCCCCUCGCACAAACUAUUGCCUGUGGGUACAGCAAGGCUGCGGAAAGCAACCCAAAGAAUGAAAAGGCGUGACUUCUGGAGCAACAGGAGCUUCACGUGCGAUGUUCUUUGGACAGGAUCCUGCUUUCCACGGAGGUGGUGCCCCAUUUUCCGUGGCUAUCACCUUUCUUGAGGCAGGUAGAGAAAAAAACCUUGCAGCUGGAUAUUGUUUGCAGCAGGAGAAGCUCUUCCUGCCGGGCACUAUCAGCUGUCACAGUAACAUCUAUCAUUUUGUCCUUACCCCCUCACUCGUUACUACUUUAUUUUAAAAAUUCAUUCACUCAUUUGUCGCUCACAUUAUCUCCAGAAAUUUCUGUCGAUGCCUAUUGAGUACACCCCUCUUUUGGAGGCUUGAAGUCAAACCCUUCUUUUAACUCCAAUUUGUCUUCUGUCUUUGCACAACAAUUAGAUAAUCGAUACGAGUAAUCAAUGGUAAAGAGAUGAAACAGGGUACAAGAAGCAUUGGUCUAUAAUUUAUCUCAGCUGUAGGUCAAAUAGACUUGUGAAAAACUUCCAGCACUUUGGAGACCAGCUGAUGAUGCCACGUAUCUUUCAACGUCAACCUCGUGCAACAGUCCUCAUCUGUUCAGUACUUCAGUGUGCUGCUGUGAUUUAUGAACAGGCGGUGUCAUUCAUAAGCUGCAAAUUUCUCCGGGGGAUUCUCUUCUGUUGGAAGAUGAUUUUUUUGUUAAUCACAUUUUAGAUUUAUUGAUGUUCUCUUGAGAGGGUGAGGCAGGAAUGGCACAGAAUUCUAUUGUAUUUAUUAUUGUAAAAAGUCAUGUUCAUAUGGCAACUCAUUUCAAGGAAUCGCAUUAAACCCUAAAAUGUGGGCAUAUGUCUACUAUUAUUAAAUGCUUUUACUUCA